AUGGCCGCUCCGCUCUCCGACGAAGCCGACGACGAGUUCGAGGAGCGCAAGCAGGUCCAGAGGCGCCCCAAGGUGAGUAAAGGCGGCCGCUGCCAGCAAGACCCCGCUCUCGUCGCUCGCGUGUGUGCUCUCGCUUCGCCUCCGUCCUCCUGCUCCCUGGCGCAGAUUGACGCGGCGCUGCACAGAUUUCGCAACUCCAAAGGCACGGAGUGGCCCAACCGCUCCGACGGCAUGAGUCAGCGCGCACAGCUCGCAUUUGGCUUUGACGCCGACUUCCACGAGGCUGCUGCGCCGGCAGGCACUGCCGAGGCCGGCGAGGCGAGCCCUGCACCGGCACACGUCCAUCCCGCGCCAGCCACACUCGACACGGACACCGAGACGGCGGCGGCCGGCGACGCGGCUCGCGAGACGGAGGAGGCAGGGCGGACGGGCGGCGGGGUGGCGAUCAGGCGGCCGUCUGCCGAGGAGAGCGACAGCGGCAACCCCUUUGGGAGGUUUGAAUUUGUGGCAGAGGCGGCUGCGGUGGGGAUGGAUGCGACGGGGCGAGAGGCAGCGUGCACCCUGCCGUGCGGCCACCUGUUUGGGCUCUCGUGCAUCGGGGCGGUGGAGCAGCAGGUGCGGCGGGUCUUUGUGACCGCCGAGGCGGAGCUGCUGCGGGAGGAGGAGCUCCGCAGGCUGGCGGCAGAGCGUCGCGACAAGGCCGAGAGGCGGCUGGCGGAACUGCAGGCCGUCGCUGUCGCACAACCGGGGGCGACCGCAGGUGCGCUGAGCACACCGCCACCGGUCGCGGUCCUUGUCACCUCAUGA